AUGGCGCUCGACGAGUACUACCACAACAAGAUCGAGGCGAUGAAGCUCGAGAUCCUUAAGGGUCAGGCCGCGCUUCGUCGUCUUGAAGCUCAGAGAAACGACUACAACUCCCGCGUACGAUUGUUGAGAGAAGAGCUGGGUCUGCUGCAACAGCCCGGAUCCUAUGUUGGUGAGGUCGUCAAGGUCAUGAGCACCAAGAAGAUUCUCGUCAAGGUGCACCCAGAAGGCAAAUAUGUUGUCGACGUGUCGGACAGCGUCGAUGUCGCCAAGCUCACUCCCGGAAAGCGAGUUACCCUACUAUCUGAUAGCUACAAACUCGAAAAGAUGCUACCUUCGUCCGUCGAUCCCCUGGUCUCUCUCAUGAUGGUGGAGAAGGUUCCCGACAGCACAUACGACAUGAUUGGUGGUUUGGACCAGCAGAUUAAGGAGAUCAAGGAAGUUAUUGAACUGGGUCUCAAGCACCCUGAGCUCUUCGAGUCUCUUGGUAUCGCACAGCCCAAGGGUGUUUUGCUAUACGGUCCUCCCGGUACAGGAAAGACACUACUUGCACGAGCUGUUGCUCACCACACUGCUUGUAAAUUUAUCCGAGUAUCAGGUUCUGAGCUGGUACAAAAGUAUAUCGGUGAGGGUAGUCGAAUGGUGCGAGAGCUAUUCGUAAUGGCUCGAGAGCACGCACCAUCGAUCAUCUUCAUGGAUGAAAUCGACAGUAUUGGAUCCUCGCGAGUGGAGGGCUCUUCGGGCGGAGACUCCGAAGUGCAGCGAACCAUGCUGGAGUUGCUGAACCAGCUUGAUGGUUUCGAGCCCACUAAGAACAUCAAGGUCAUCAUGGCCACCAAUCGUCUCGAUAUUCUCGACCCCGCUCUCUUGCGACCAGGACGUAUCGACCGAAAGAUCGAGUUCCCCCCGCCUAGUGUUGAGGCCCGAGCGGAUAUUCUCCGUAUUCACAGCCGAAAGAUGAACUUGACCCGUGGUAUCAACCUCACCAAGAUUGCCGAGAAGAUGAACGGAUGUUCUGGUGCCGAACUCAAGGGUGUGUGCACAGAAGCUGGUAUGUACGCUUUGCGUGAGCGCAGAGUGCACGUCACACAGGAAGACUUUGAGCUUGCUACAGCAAAGAUUCUCAACAAGCACGACGACAAGGAAGUGUCUCUCGGAAAGCUCUGGAAGUAA